AUGAGCGUCGUCGUCGCCAACGCGGGCUGCGGCGGUGCGAGGAUGCCCUUCCGCGCGGGCCGGGUGGAUGCUACGGUGGCGGGCCCCGCGGGCGUGCCGGAGCCGCAGACGCCGAUCAACACGACGCUGGCGACGUUUGCGAAAGCCGGGUUUAGCCAGGGAGAGAUGAUUUCGCUCGUGGCGUGCGGGCAUACCCUCGGCGGCGUGCAUAGCCGGAAUAACCCGCACAUCACGGGUCUCGAUCCGAGCCCGGACACGGUGACCAAGUUUGAUAGUACGUUUGACGACUUUGAUAACCGGAUCGCGACUGAGUACAUCCGGGGGAAUACGUCGAAUCCGUUGGUGGUAGGGCGGAACGAGACGCUCAACUCGGACAAGCACAUCUUCUCGUCGGACGGGAACAAGACGAUCAGGGAUCUGGGGUGUACCAAGAACGGGUUCAGGACGGCGUGCGCCGACGUCUUUACGCGCAUGAUUGAUACCGUGCCGUCGACGGUGCAGUUGACGGAGCCCGUCGAGCCCGUCGAUAUCAAGCCCUACGUCACGCUGGCCCUGAGCGGCAACGGGAACCUUGCGUUCAGCGGCUGGGUGCGCGUGAGAACGACGGAGGGGACGGGGCGGGACACGGGCGAUUUGGUCGUCCAACUGAGCUUUGCAGACCGAGGAGGCGAGGGUUCCGCCGUUGUCUCCGCGACGCUCGACGAUGGGGGCGUCACGUACGGCCUCUGGGGCGAGACGUUCGCCUGGUACCAGUUCGAGACGGCCAUCAGCGCAGCGAGCGGUAUAAGCAGCUUCCUCAACAGCGGCAGCGGAUUCCCGCUAGACGACGCGCUAGUCUACCAGGAAGCCUUCUCGUGCGUCAACCGGACGAGCGUGAAUAAUGAGCGCACCUUCACCGUGACUGCUGCGGUGCUCCAGGAGCGCGCGGCGGAUCCCGUGACGAUGGACGUUGUGCGUCUCGUGCGGCGUUCCGAGGCGAUUCACAGGAGGCUCGACGUCGAGAGCGUCGAGCUCGUGGCGACGGGCGACGAGGAGAGUGGGUAUGCACUCUUCCAGGCGCAGGUGCAGCUUGCGACGAGCGGCUGGAGCACGAGCUUUGAUCUUGUUUUGGGAGGAGAGAAGGAGGUUCGGGUUGAUUUUCUGAAGACGCAAGCUUGUCCGCGUGUAUGA